UGUAGGCAUAACUAUAGGUAAUAUUUUAGGAGAUUAUUAGGAGAUGUAUUUUGCUGCUCAGUGAACGUGCUGUGUGUUUAUAUUAAGUCAGCCAACUUGUUUUGGUGUUUUAUUUUAUUGAUCAGUCGGUGGAGUUUAUCAAUACAUUCAUGGCUUUGAUAGCGGCCGAGCAGGGCUGCAAACUGAACGGCACGUCGGCGAUUUACGGCCGAGUUGGACCAAAAAAAGAGUCGUUUCAAGGCAAGGCGGAGGGCUUUAAAACGGGCAAAAUGCAGCCCAAAGAGUCGGAGUACUCAACAGAUGGUCUGCCCAAAGCCUUCCUGCUCAGCCUGAGGACCCUGUUUGAUAUAUUGGAUGAUGGUGGCCGGGGCUACGUCCACAUCUCCGAGAUCGAGAGCCGCUGGCAGGGGGCGGACACCCGAGAUCUGCCCGGCGGGGUGCUGGGCUGCCUCAGGAGGGUCACCCCGCCGCAUGGCUGCCUCACCUUCGAGCGCUUCGUGGCGGGGCUGCGCUACUCCAUGCUCAACCCGGAGCACAGCGCGCACCUCCGGGCCCAGGCAGCCGUGCACCCCCAGAAACAACCCGCCCCGCUGUCCACAUGCAGCGUGGGGACGCGGGUCGAGAACAAGGUCCGUCCGCUGGGGCCGAGCAACGUGACCAACACCCUGCAGCACCGGGCGUCCUCCCUGCACAGCCGGGUCAGGGUAGAGGAGGGGCCCGGGUACAGCGCGUGUGGACCGGUGCGGUACGGCGCGGGCUUCGAGAGGUCCGGGCGGAGUUUGGAGCAGAGUUCUGUGGCUCCGGGGGGCGGGGGCUACCGGGCCGACCCGGGACAUGCCACCAAACCCACACACCACCAGCAGAGCCGGGUCAGAACCAUUGAGUCACUGGCUCUGGAGUCACCGCAGCUCCAAGGACCAAGUGUUGUGAAAUCAGGUUUACCAAGAUCUCAGAGCGAAUCAGCAACAGGGUUUACUGGCGGCUCCAGGCGACAUGGGAGGAGUCGGGAUGAGCAGAGGCGGCAUACCAUAACCAACGGAGUGGAUUAUGGAAUGUUGAAGCAAAUGAAAGAGCUGGAGCAGGAGAAGGACUCCCUGCUGGCGGGCCUGGAAGUGGUGGAGCGGGCCCGCGACUGGUACCAGGGCCAAAUCCACAAUGUCACAGAGAGACAGCGGCAGGUCGGCCAGAGCUCCCACUCCACGGAUUUUUUCACAGAAGCCAAUCAGAGUCGCAUGAAUGUUCUAAUACCCAAAUUGCAAGAAGUCAACCGCUGCCUUAAUGAUCUAAUUUCCUGCUCUGGGAUGCAGUCAUUUCCUUCCAGCUCUGCUCAGACAGCAGCAAACCCCCAGCCUCCGGGUCCGGCUCCUCCACAGGCCAUCCAGAGGCUGAAGGACCAGAACCGACUUCUCACACAGGAGGUGACCGAGAGGAGCGAGCGGAUCGCCCAGCUGGAGCAGGAGAAGUCAGCAUUGAUAAAACAGCUAUUUGAGGCUCGAGCUCGCGGUGCGCAAGACACCAGCACCAUGGACUCCACCUUCAUCUGAAAACAAUUACACUCCACCCAACACUUUCCGAUGUUAGCGACACGUUUUCAGCUGGGAAUCAUCAUGAAGCUGGUCUGGAGCAAACUUUUAUAAGACUAUAAGCUGACUGUUGUUUACCAACACUUAGAGCACCUUUUAGCCAUGACACCCUCGACUGCAGCAUGUGACCACUCCACCCCAAACUAAACCACGCACUACCUAGAUAUGACUUGACCCGAGAGUCUCUUUCUUGCUGCUUUUUACGUUUCCUGCACAAACACUCCAACUAAGCUAAAAAGGCAGGGUCUCAUGAGAUCCCAUCACUCCAAUUCUUGCAGGAUUACAGCAUCUGCAAGAUCUCCACUCCCAAUCCCAAAAGACUUCUGCUGUUGAAAGGCAACAUAAAAAACAUGAACUUUAAUUUAGUGGGGGAUCGGUUUCUGUUGGAAUAAAAUGCCAUAUUCUCACAGUUUAAUAUGAAAACAAACCAUCAGCUGCAUCUGCUUGCUGUGACCUAUCAAUUACAUUUUUUCUUUUAGUUUGGUACUUUGAGCUUAAUGAUAAUAAGAUACACUUUUCCUUUUGUCAUUCAGUAUUUCCUUCCUUUUAAUGUACAUUAAUAAUAUGUUUACUUGAAAUUAGCUUUCUGGGUUUUAGAGUGUUUCAUUUUAAAUGAUAAGAGACUAGAAUUACUGAAAAGGAACAGUUUUUUUUUUUUUUUAUUACGGUAGCAUGUUUAUUGUUUAAACCUUUUAGGAAUUUUAGAUUUUUUUUCUUUAAGGUUGAAAAAAAAAGAGAUGGGAGGACAGCCUAAGAGCUGUAGAGGCAGAGAAGGACGAGAGAAGUUUGGAAGUUUGCACGUAGAAGAGAGCUGAAGAGGACAAACAGAAGACGGUGAAUGUGUCGGAGUUCGAGCUCCUUGGUUGGGAGAUCUUCUGAUGUCACGUCAGAAAAGAAAAGAAAAUCACUUUGGCUAUCUAAUGCUAUAUCCCCUAAUUGUGUUUACAGUGUAUUCUUUGCAUGGGUCGUAUUUUCAGCCCCGAGAUAUUAAUCUUCUGAAGAGAUUUUCUGUUUGAAACCUGGAGAUUAGCACAAAUGUAAAAAAAAAUAUUUUGUCCUCUUUACCCGGAUCAGCCUGGAAACAGUUGGCUUUAGACUAAAACUGUAAAAACACACAGCCAUCCACAAAGUUUACAAGAUAAUUAUUUAGUUAGUGGGUGGCGGUAGAAUAUAAAAAAACAUUGUAGUUUUAUAAUGGAUCUGUAUGGUACUGCUGGGAUGUCUGCACAUAACAUUUUGUUGAUGUCUGUUUCCCACUUGUUUGGUUGUAUGUUUCUUGCUGCUCAAACUACAUUAUGUGUGAGUGAAACUCUUUUCCUUCUGCUUU